CGCCGCCGCCCAAGGAGGAUCCGGGCCGGGCCGGGCCGGGCCGGGAUGGUCCCAGUCCGGAGGCGACCUCUGCCACUGCCGGAGGGAGGGGGUCGCCGAGCACCGCACUGAGCCGCCCACGCCCCCGCCCCGCCCCGGCCCCGGGGGAUGCGUCGCCCCAAGCAGCUGCCUCCGCUGCCGCAGCCGCAGCCGCAGCGGGCACAGAGCAGGUAGAUGGCCCCCCCAGAGCAGGCCCUGCGGACACCCCUCCCUCAGGCUGGCGGAUGCAGUGCCUAGCAGCAGCAGCUCUUAAGGACGAAACCAACAUGAGUGGGGGAGGGGAGCAGGCCGACAUCCUGCCGGCCAACUACGUGGUUAAGGAUCGCUGGAAGGUGCUGAAGAAGAUCGGGGGUGGGGGCUUUGGUGAGAUCUACGAGGCCAUGGACCUGCUGACCAGAGAGAACGUGGCCCUCAAGGUGGAAUCUGCCCAACAACCGAAGCAAGUACUCAAGAUGGAGGUGGCUGUGCUCAAAAAGCUGCAAGGGAAAGACCAUGUGUGCAGGUUCAUUGGCUGUGGCCGCAACGAGAAGUUCAACUACGUAGUGAUGCAGCUACAGGGCCGGAACCUGGCGGACCUUCGGCGCAGCCAGCCCAGGGGUACCUUCACGCUGAGCACCACGCUGAGGCUGGGCAAGCAGAUCCUCGAGUCCAUCGAGGCCAUCCACUCUGUGGGCUUCCUGCACCGGGACAUCAAGCCGUCAAACUUUGCUAUGGGUCGACUGCCCUCCACCUACAGAAAGUGCUACAUGCUGGACUUUGGGCUGGCCCGGCAGUACACCAACACCACAGGGGAUGUUCGGCCUCCUCGGAACGUGGCUGGGUUUCGAGGGACUGUCCGCUAUGCGUCGGUCAAUGCCCACAAGAACCGGGAGAUGGGUCGCCAUGAUGAUCUGUGGUCCCUCUUCUACAUGCUGGUAGAGUUUGCAGUGGGCCAGCUACCCUGGAGGAAGAUCAAGGACAAGGAGCAGGUAGGGAUGAUCAAGGAGAAGUAUGAGCACCGGAUGCUACUGAAGCACAUGCCUUCCGAGUUCCACCUCUUCCUGGAUCACAUCGCCAACCUGGACUACUUCACCAAGCCCGAUUACCAGUUGAUCAUGUCCGUGUUUGAGAACAGCAUGAAGGAGCGGGGCAUUGCUGAGAACGAGGCCUUUGACUGGGAAAAGGCGGGCACUGAUGCCCUCCUGUCCACGAGCACCUCUACCCCCCCACAGCAGAACACACGACAGACAGCGGCCAUGUUUGGGGUGGUCAACGUGACGCCGGUGCCAGGGGACAUGCUCCGGGAGAACACAGAGGACGUGCUGCAGGGAGAGCACCUUAGUGACCAGGAGAACGCACCCCCAAUCCUGCCUGGGAGGCCCCUCGAGGGGCUUAGCCCAGGCCCUCAUCUUGUCCCUCACCCUGGGGGUCCUGAGGCUGAAGUCUGGGAGGAAACAGAUGUCAACCGGAAUAAACUCCGGAUCAACAUCGGCAAAACUCCCUGUGUGGUGGAAGAGGAGCAAGGCCGAGGUAUGGGGGUUCCCAGCUCCCCAGUGAGGGCCCCUCCAGACUCACCAACAACUCCUGUCCGUUCCCUGCGCUACCGGAGGGUCAACAGCCCUGAGUCCGAGAGGCUGUCCACGGCAGAUGGGCGGGUGGAGCUGCAUGACAGGAGGUCACGCGUGGAUCUGCCUGGCUCUCCCUCGCGCCAAGCCUGCUCUUCACAGCCAGCCCAGAUGCUGUCGGUGGACACAGGCCACGCUGACCGGCAGGCCAGCGGCCGCAUGGACGUGUCAGCCUCUGUGGAGCAGGAGGCCCUGAGCAACGCCUUCCGCUCUGUGCCGCUGGCUGAGGAGGAAGACUUUGACAGCAAGGAGUGGGUCAUCAUUGACAAAGAGACAGAGCUCAAGGACUUCCCCCCAGGGGCUGAGCCCAGCACAUCAGGCACCACAGACGAGGAGCCAGAGGAGCUGAGGCCACUGCCCGAGGAGGGUGAGGAGCAGCGGCGGCUGGGGACAGAGCCCACUGUCCGGCCCCGGGGCCGUGGCAUGCACACUUUGGCCGAGGAGGACCUGCGGCAGAUGCCAAUCCAGCCCCCAGCACCCCAGCUGAGCCAGGCUGAAGGCCGGUCGGAGACAUCACAGCCCCCCACUCUAGGCAGCCCUUCCCAUUCGCCCCUGCACUCGGGCCCUCGACCUCGACGGAGAGAGUCAGAUCCCACAGGCCCGCAGAGACAGGUAUUCUCCGUGGUGCCUCCAUUUGAGGUGAAUGGGUUCCCACGAGCUGUGCCUCUGAGCCUGCCCUACCAGGACUUCAAGAAAGACCUCUCUGAUUACCGCGAGCGGGCUCGGUUGCUCAACAGGGUCCGGAGGGUGGGCUUCUCGCACAUGCUGCUCACCACCCCCCAGGCCCCACUGGCUCCAGUUCAGUCUCAAGCUAAUGGAAAGGAGGAAGAAGAGGAAGAGGAAGAAGAGGAAGAAGAGGAGGAGGAAGAAGAGGAAGAUGAGGAAGAGGAAGAAGAGGAAGAGGAGGAGGAGGAAGAGGAGGUGGUGGCUCUUGGGGAGGUGUUGGGGCCAAGGAGUGGCUCUAGCAGUGAGGGGAGUGAGAGGAGCACUGACAGGAGCCAAGAGGGUGCCCCGUCCACACUGCUGGCCGACGAUCAGAAAGAGUCCCGGGGCCGGGCAUCCAUGGCUGAAGGGGACCUGGAGCCUGAGGAGGGUUCCAAAACGCUGGUGCUUGUCUCCCCUGGUGACAUGAAGAAGUCGCCAGCCACUGCUGACCUAGCCCCUGACCCCGACCUGGGCACCCUGGCUGCCCUGACGCCUCAGCAAGAGCGGCCUCAGCCAACUGGCAGCCAGCUGGAUGUGUCUGAGCCGGGCACCCUGUCUUCAGUCCUCAAGUCUGAGGCCAAACCCCUUGGGUCAGGAGCAGGGCCAGGGGCGGGGUCAGUGGCCACAGGAGCUGGGGGAGUGGCAGUCACCUCCUCACCUUUCACCAAAGUCGAGAGGACCUUUGUGCACAUUGCCGAGAAAACCCACCUCAAUGUCAUGUCUUCUGGGGGACAAGUCUCUCAGCCUGAGGAUCUAGACUCAGGGGGUGAGCUGGGGCUGGAGGUGCCCUCUUAUGGAGGGGCGAUGGAGGAGGGUGCCCCUUUGCCCCUAGAGAAUGGCAUUGCCCAACCAGAGAGGCAUGGGGCUAAGGUGGAGAGCUGUGCCCUGUCCAGGGCCCCUGCAGAUGCCCCCUUGGAGGUGGCUGUAGACUCACUGCCCAAUGGCCAAGCCCUUGCCGAAGAGCCAGCGCCAGCAUCCCCUCUGGAGCUUGGCUCUGAAAAACUGGCCCCCACUGUCUCCAUCAGCCACCCUGCCCUGCCAGGCCCCCAGCCCAGGAGCCGUAUCCCUAUCCUGCUCUCUGAGGAGGACACCGGCUCAGAGCCCUCGGGCUCCCUGUCAGCCAAGGAGAGAUGGAGCAAGAGGGCUCGGCCACAGCAGGACCUGGCUCGGCUGGUGAUGGAGAAGAGGCAGGGCCGCCUGCUGCUGCGGCUGGCCUCUGGGGCCUCGUCCUCCUCCAGUGAGGAGCAGCGCCGGGCCUCCGAGACACUGUCGGGCACGGGCUCUGAGGAGGACACGCCUGCCUCUGAACCCUCUGUGCCCAGGAAGGGGGAGCGGGCAAUGGCUACUCGGAGCCGGAUCCCCCGCCCCAUCAAUAUCCGCAUGUCCACACCCAUGCCAGCCUCGGCCCAGCAGACCCCCAGCAGACCCCACACUGAGGCCGGGACAUCUGACACAGCCAUCACCAGCAGGCUCCAACUGCAGAAGCCCCCGGGGCCCGCCGUGGCUGCAGACCUUCGCCCCAAACAGCCCACCGGCCGCGGCCCAGGUCCGGGGCGCUCUCAAGGCGGCCCCAAGCCCUCAGCCCCCCGCAGCCCCGGCCUCCCCGCUGCCACCGCCGCCGCCACCGCCAGCGCCUCCCGGCGGAGCCAGUCGCUGUCCCGCAAGGAGAGCCCCUCCCCGUCGCACCAGGCCCGGCCGGGCGGACCCCCACCCCGCGGCGCUCCGCAGACCCGGGUCCAGGCUGAGGCCACCCCCUCCCCGGGCGGCGCCAAGAAAGGACCCAGAGGGAAACUCCAGACUCAGCGCGCAGCAACCAAAGGCCGGGCGGGGGGCGCGGAGGGCCGGGCCGGGGCCAGAUAAUGAAGCGCACGGCUCUCCGCGGCCCCCCACCCUCCCCACGGCCCCCCACCCGCCGCCGGCCACUCUGGAGCAGCUCCCAGCACAGCCUUAGGCGCCUGACGCGCGCCCCCCGCAGCCCCAGCUUCGCGCCGAGGACGCGCCCCCGCCCGGCCCACCGCGGGGCGGCGCCCUGCUCCCCGCUCCCGCCUCUCCCGCCCCCAGCGCCCUCCCGGCGGGCUGCCACGCCCGGUUCCCCGGUCCCUGGCCCCCGGCUCCCGGCCCCCAGCCCGAGGGAGGCUGAGCCACUGUGCAGCUAGGACUCCCUGCGGCGCGGCGAUGCCCGCUCAUCCUGCAGGCCUCUGCUGCUCUCCGGGUCCCCCAGGGAGCUCCGCUUCCGCCUGCCCCCACCCUCUGCCAGCCAAAGCCCCUCCUUUUCCGAAAGGCCUCCGCAGAUGCCACAAGCUGCAGCCUCACCCUGGGCUCCUACCAGACCUCUGCUGGGGCCUGUGGUGGCCAGAGAAGCGGUUUCUCUGCUGCCCGGCUUGAGCAGAGGAGGGAGCCCCCUCCCCAAGGGUCAUUGGUCUACUCAGGUGUGAGGGGACAGGCCUGGCCUCCACAGUCAGCUGCUGCCUGGACUCCCUGUGGGAGGCAGUAGGCAGGUGAUUCCUGGGGAAGGAGGGCUCCCCUGUACCUCUAGGGUGCAAAGAUCUGGUUAUCCCCCUGAAAUUUAAGUGAGACCUCAGUGGGAACAGAGUGAGUGGGACUGUCUUUCUGGGAGAGUGCUUCCCAGUGGGAAAUUGGAAGGGGCCUUUAAAAAAGGUUUGACAACUCCCACCCCCUCUUUACCCCUGUUCUAAUGCUCAGGACCCCUGGCUGUCAGGAUUUCCUUCUUGCCAUCUAAUCUCAGUCCUGCCAACUGCGGAUUUCAACCACCUUCCCGUCUCCUGAGUCAGAGGUGGCAAAUGGCUGGCUGUUAUCUCUGUGUUGGGACCUUGGAGUUUCAGCUCUGGUCAGAUCACCGCCCAGUCCUCCCGGCUGUAGGGAGUGGACUGAGUCAUAUCAACCUGUGAGGCAGACAGAGCAAACACAAGCAAACAGACAACCAGCUGACCCUUGAACCCACGGCCGGAACGUCCAGAUGGUACCAUGCAAGAUGGCUUUAGCAGGAGUUCUCCCUCCUCAGGCUUACCCUUCCAUCCACCCCUCUGACCCUGACCCCAACCCAUGCAGCUGAGCUAUCCUUGCCAGGGAGAGGGCGUGCUGCUCCAGGAGUGAGUGUGGAGUCUCCUCCAGGCCCUGGAGCCUGCAGAGCUCAUCCUCCCUGGUCCUGAGCUUUGGCUGCUCACAUACACACAGGCCAGGUGGUACACUGGCCCUGGGAGAGAGAGCUGUCCUGCUCUGCUGGGCUCUGCCCCAGCAGGUCACCAUCAUCCUUGGCACCUGUGGGCUCUGUUCACUGGCCUGGCCCCUCGUUUCUUCCCUGAGUCACAGAGAGCACGAUAAAGUAUCUAAGGGGAGAGAAGGAAAGACCCCAGUAGGCCCCAGAGACUAGUAGCACCCAGCCACUGUUGCCCAGAAGGAUACCCACCAGGAAGCUGGUGCCAGGAGCAGCCCUGUGCCAGCCAGAGCCUCUCAUGGAGAGUCAGUAGGCUUGGGCAGCUGCCUCCAUGCCAAGUUGGGGACUUCUCUGUAGCCUGGGGGAGGACUCCAUGGUGGAUGGCCUAUAAGUUCCACCCCACAUUGAUGCAGAAGCUCCCAGAACACUCAGGAAACCCAUCAAGAGAGAGCCCUCCUUGUCAACCGAGGCCCUCCUAAGGCCCACUACUGCCCUCUGGGGCCAGCAAAGGGGGCGGAGGAGGGGCUGCUCCCACCCACCAGGAGCUUCUCUGAAUGACAAUCAGCUUGUGCCAGGUGGGGACCAGGGCAUGACCCCUGGUGUCCAAGUCCUGGGCUUGCUCCUUGCCACCAACCGGAACCGUGAAUGUAGGGCCCCAGUCUCACGCUGCCCAGGACUAACAACACCUUAGUUCAGUGUUGGGAAGAUAAGAGCCCCAGGCCCACCCCAUACCCCAACUUCACCCAGCACUGGAGCUGGGCAGAGACUCCAAACCCAGUCUGUCCUUGGGACUCCAGGCCUCCCUAGAGCUCUUAAAUGACCUCAGGCCUCUGCGUCAUUGAAUGUCAUCCAGGUAAGGGUAUGGGGGAGAGCUAGGGAAUUGACUGUGUUCCUCCCUUCAGGAAGAAUCCAGAGCAGAGGAGACUCCUGGUUGCCCCCACCCCCAGGCAGCAGCCUCCUUCCUCUAGAGCACCCACCCCCAUCCAGCAGACUCUCCUGGCCCUGAGCUCCUCCACUAUCACUGCACCCUCCAGCACUUCCCCAUCAAGAUAGCCAGUGUCAGUGGUUCCCCAGACACACUGCACAAGAAAUGAGUUUGAGAGCGACCAUGGCCCAGGUCGCCAUGGCCCACACCUUGACCCUCCUCCUCUUCCUUCUCCUCUUGUUCCUCUUCCUCACAAGGGCCUGGCUUGUUGUAUCUUCUAAUUUCUGGGGACCAGCCCCGGUGGGCGUGGGGCAAGGGACAGAGAGUCAGCGACCCCCUGCCCCAAGCCACUGAAGAAUGUUUACAUGCCACACAGAAUGUAACACCCUCCCCAGCUCUCCCCAGACACUGCAUGGCCUCUGCCCACUCUGCACCUCUCCACCCCCACCCCAACACCCGGGCAGCCGCUGUCAUGACUAGCUGGGGUCUCAGAAGGGAAGUAGCCAUCACACCAUUAAAAAAGCCUGUGGAUCUUU